AUGAGAGUCAUCGUCAGUGCCGUUGCCGUGGCGGCUGUUGUCAGCGCCACCCCCUCCUUCUCAACCGAGACCAUCCACGGAGAUGCCGCACCCAUCCUCUCGUCCUCCAACGCCGAGGCCAUUCCCGACUCGUACAUCGUCAAGUUCAAGGACCAUGUGAGCGAGUCAUCCGCCUCGGACCACCACUCGUGGGUCCAGAAGAUCCACGACUCCAAGGGCGCCGAGCGCCUCGAGCUGCGCAAGCGCGGCCAGGAGCCUCUUGUCGAGACGACCUUUGAAGGUCUCAAGCACACCUACACUCUCGGUGGCUUCCUCGGCUACUCUGGCCACUUUGACGAGGCCACCAUUGAGGAGGUCCGCAAGCACGCCGAUGUCGAGUUUGUCGAGAAGGACUCGAUCGUCCACACCAUGGUGCCCGUCCAGACCGAGGCCCAGACCGAGGACAAGUGCGAUGGCGAGGUCGAGAAGUCGGCCCCCUGGGGCCUCGCUCGUGUCUCGCACCGUGAGAGCCUGAACUUUGGUAACUACAACAAGUACCUGUUCGCCGACAACGCUGGCGAGGGUGUUGAUGCCUACAUCAUCGACACCGGUACCAACGUCGACCACGUCGACUUUGAGGGCCGCGCCAAGUGGGGCAAGACCAUCCCCCAGGGCGAUGAGGAUGUCGAUGGCAACGGCCACGGCACGCACUGCUCGGGUACCGUCGCCGGCUCCAAGUACGGUGUGGCCAAGAAGGCCCACGUCUAUGCCGUCAAGGUCCUCCGCUCCAACGGCUCCGGCACCAUGUCUGACGUCGUCAAGGGUGUCGAGUGGGCUGCCCAGUCUCACCUCGAGCAGGUGAAGAAGGCCAAGGACGGCAAGCGCAAGGGCUUCAAGGGCUCUGUCGCCAACAUGUCUCUCGGCGGUGGCAAGACCACUGCCCUCGACCGCGUCGUGGAUGCCGCCGUCGAGGCCGGCAUUCACUUCGCCGUCGCCGCCGGCAACGACAACGCUGAUGCUUGCAACUACUCGCCCGCUGCCGCCGCCCAGGCCGUCACCGUCGGUGCCACCGAGCUCGGCGACGCCCGCUCGUACUUCUCCAACUACGGCAAGUGCACUGACAUCUUCGCCCCCGGCACCAACAUCCUGUCCACCUGGAUCGGCUCCAAGUACGCCACCAACACCAUCUCCGGCACUUCCAUGGCGUCGCCUCACAUCUGCGGCCUCCUCGCCUACUACCUGUCUCUCCAGCCUGCCACCGACUCGGACGACACCCCCAACAUCCUCGCCUGGAACGGCGGUGGCUGCAACAACUACUCUGCCAUCGUCGCCAAGGGCAGCUACACUGCCAAGGGUGCCGCCAAGAAGACCACCUUCAACUCUGUUGUCGAGGAUGUCGAGGAGGUCAUCCAGAAGGACUUUGAGGUCGUCGCCGACAAGGCCAAGAAGUUCUCCUCCAAGUUCCACAAGAUUGAGGAGGAGCUCAAGGAGCUUCUCGACGAGGUCUCCCUGUAA